UUGAAUCAGCAUCCGCUAAAAGAGUAAAGAGAAUGUCAGUUUCUGAUGAUCAUAAUGAAGUUGAAACAGAUACUAAAUCAAUAUCAGUUUCUGAUGAUCAUACCAAACUUGUGACUCAUAAUGAAGUUGAAAAACAUAUCUUACCUCAUAGAGAAAACCUAUCAAAUAAGCUAUUGGAUCAAAAGAGGAAUAUAUUAUCUCCCGUAAUGCCAAAGAUACAAGGGAGAGUUUUCAGGCUUUUUAGUAAUGUUGGUGGUAUAAAAGUAAUAGAACGAAUAAAGCCUUUUAAUACUACUAAAAUCUUAAAUCUAUUCUCAGAUGAUAUUGAUUUUGUUAUUGCUAGAUUAAAUGAAUAA